AUGCCCCCGCGCCAGUCCGCCGCCGAAGGGAACGGCUCGGGCACAUCAUCUACCACCGCUAAGCUGCGCCGCGCCCAUCGCAAGUCGCGCAAGGGCUGCCUGGAGUGCAAGCGGCGGCACAUCAAGUGCGAUGAGACGCGCCCUAGGUGCAACAACUGCCUCGUGAGCGAGCGGGCAUGCUCGUUCCCGCCGUCGGUCGGAGCCGCGCCCGAGGCCGCAGCAACGGCCCAGAAGCAACAGCCUCCGGUGCCGGUCCGGCCCGCCUCCGCCUUGAGUCCGGCCGGGAGCGGCUCUAGCUCCGGCGCCGUCCGUCCGUCCCCGGCCCUCACUAAACAACCUCCGAUCCCGGUCCGGCCCGCCUCCACCCUGAGUCCGGCUGGGAGUAGCUCCAGCUCCGGUGCCGUCCGCCCGCCUCCGCCCCCGUCCUUUGCCGCCCCUCCCAUGGCCGUCUUCACCUCCAAGCACCUCAUCCUCCUCCACCACGCCAAGACGGGCAAGGUUUUCAAGCAGGAAAUGAUGGAUACCCUCCUUGAAAUUGCCAUCGCUUGGGCCAUCGAGGCUCCAUACGUCCUCGACCAACUUCUCGCCAUUUGCGCCGAGCACUACGCGCUAUCCUCCCCAGAGACCGCCGAAGUCUAUCGCAGUACCUCCCAAGAGCUCCAGACUCGCUCUCUAACAUCCUUCAACCUCAGAACCCAAGGCCAGACAUCCGAGGAGUCCAGCACGACGUAUCUCCCCCGAUUCAUCUUUGCCUCCUUCGUCAGUAUGAACAUGAUGUACCAGACGUUUUCUCAAUACCGCAGCAGCUACCAUGUCUUUAUCGGACGAUUCCUUGACUGUAUCCAUCUGCACCAGGGCGUGCGCACAGUCAUCCGCUCUGGAUUCCACACCUACCAUGGCUCCGUUGCUCUGCAUCCGUUCCUCUCCCAGUUCCAGGUACCCGAAGAUGGGGUGAGCGGCAACGAGUGUGAUGAACUUAUCAAAGCCAUUGAUUCUUCCGAUCUGAGCCCGACCACCGUAGCUGCCUGCAAAAGCGCAGCUGACAGUCUGCAAACUACCUUCAACAUGCACAACAACCUACCGAAAGACGACAAAAACACCCACGCGGCGACAGCGUUUCCAGUCUUGUUGACCACCGAAUUCAUCGAUGUGUUACGGAAGCACCGGCCAGAGGCCCUGCUCGUCUUGGCGUACUACGGCGUGUUGCUCCAUCGACAUCGCCGGUCGUGGAUCAUUGGCGAUGCUGGCCAAUUCGUAGUCCACCUUAUUGCCGAUCACCUGGGGAGUUUUUGGCAAGGGCCGAUGCAAUGGCCUUUACAAGCGCUAAGAGACGACGUGGACUGA